AAUUAGUCGUUUUGAUUCACAAACUUUGACAUUAAAGAAGUUAUAAAAAUAGUAGUGGAAGAUGGAAACGGAAUUGACAGAGGAAAAAGAAAUGAAAGAUUCAUUUGAUGAGGUGUUAGACUUUGGAGAAAAUAGUGGUCUUGCUGAUUUAAAAUUGACUGUCGAGGGCAGAACUAUUCCUGUAAUAAAAGGACUGCUUUGCAUGGCUUCACCUAAACUGUGUUCUAUACUAGAGUCAACAACAGAAUUAGAUUUACCUGAAAAGAAAUAUGACGACGUUGUGGAAUUCCUGAAAUGUAUUUAUCCAAACAAAUUAAAGACGAUCACAGAUGAAAAUGUAUACAAAGUCCUGCCAUUAGCGAGUGAGUAUCAGGUCGAAAAACUGAAAAGGCGAAGCGAGAAAGUUCUGCUUGGUAAGAUGAAACAACAUUUCAUGAAAAACGCUCUUGAAUUAUAUAGACAUAUAAAGCUAGCAGAAUUGUAUGGAAUGGACGAGUUGAAACAGGCAUGUAUUUACGCUGCGUCUGACCUUAAAUUACCCGACUUGAAAGGGGCGAGAUCGGUGCAUUCUAUUUCUUCUUGA